AUGGCUGAUUUCCUUCCUUCACAAUUUUCAACCAAGUGCUAUUCAAAAAUUAUUAGAGUCGGAGAACAAACAGCAAAGACAUUCGAUUAUCAAUUUGCACAAACUCCAAUCGUAGAGGAGAGAAAAUUAUUCGAGAGAACUCUCGGAGCCGACACUGAUAUUAUAUCAAAGGAAAUGUUUAUUCUCUCAUCACGUGAUGCUAUUGAAGGAAAUAAGUUAUGUUUGAGACCUGAAGGAACAGCACCAAUUAUGAGAAGUGUUAUCGAAAAUGCUCUCUCAACAAAACAAAGAAUUUACUAUUAUGGACCAAUGUUUAGAUACGAAAGACCACAGAAAGGAAGAUAUCGUCAAUUUCAUCAAUUUGGAGUGGAAUAUUUAGGAAGUGAUCAUUAUCAAAGUGAUUUGGAAUCUUUGGAAAUGGCUUAUCAAUUUUUAACAAAUGUUCUUGAUGGUAGAAAUGAUGUAUUUCAAUUGGAAAUUAACUCUAUUGGAACUUUGAAAGAACGUGAAAAUUAUCAACAUGCUCUCUUAGAAUAUGUUAAAAAGAAUAAGGAAUUAUUUGAUCAGGAGGAAAAUCUUUCAAAGGACAGUAGAGCUAGAGUUGAAAUUGCCAUUGCAGAAAAUAAUCCAAGAAGAAUUUGGAGAAUUCUCGACUCUAAACAGGAUGAAGAUUUUAUUGCAAAUUUGAUUGAAAAACAUGAUAUGCCCCAAUUAGCUCAAUUUCAAAGUGAGGAAAAUAGAAAACGAUUUGAAAAUGUACUUUUAGGAUUGAAAUGGUUGAAAAUUCCAUACAAGAUUAACUCAUCUCUUAUUAGAGGUCUUGAUUACUAUACCCAUACAACAUUUGAAUUUAAGAGCAAUGUUAUUGGUGCCAAAUCAACCAUUCUCGCAGGUGGGCGUUAUGAUACAUUAUCUCAACAAUUAGGAGCCAAUCAACAAAUUCCAGCUGUUGGUUGGGCUAGUGGAUUUGAAAGACUUUCCUUAAUUAUGGAAGAACUGGAAAAGGGAAAUACUCAACCUCAACCAGAAUACAUUCCAAAAGUAUUCGUUUCAGUCGUCAGAGGCACAAAUGAAGCUAUUGAUCAGGAAAUGUCUAAAUUUGCUAUUAUUCUAUCCCAACAAUUACGUAAACAAGGCAUUACAAUCAAUUAUUUUGAGAAGGGAAAUUUAUCAAAACAAUUGAAACAAGCCCAACAAAGUAAAUCACUCCUCACAAUUAUUAUUGGAGAGGAUGAAUUGAAGGGAGGUAAAAUUUCAAUUAAGAAUAUGGAAUCUGGAGAACAGAAAAAAAUUCUACUUGAAUCACUUACUGAUGAAAUUCAAGAAUCACUUCAAUCCUAUUUGGCAAAGUACCCUUCACAUUUUCAAUAA